AAAAAUAUUUCAUGUAUAAUUAUAUUCUAUAUAAUUAUACAUAUAAACAUUUAAUAAAAUCAAAAUUUGUAGAUAGGAUAAAUUUCUUUGUAAUAUAAAGGAAGCCUUUUUAGCAUCUGACUUUAACAUCAAAUAUUUGAUAUAACAUAUGAUGAUAAUGGGAAACGAUAAUGAAACAUCAGAUAGUGAAGAAGAAAUUCUCGUAUAUGUAGAAUUUGAAGUACUUGAUGAUAAUGUGUUUAAUGAGAAACAAUUACAAUUAGACAUGAUUGGUAUAGAUACAGAACAUCCUAUAAUGCAAAUUAAUGGAAAGUUUUAUGAAGGUACUUAUGAAGAUGUCGUUGGUACUUGUAUGUUUUUUACAAAAACUAAUGAUUCUACAAUGAGUGAUCCUGUAUUUGAUACUGUUCCAAAUUUUAAAUAUUUUGCUAAAACUAAAAAAUUUUUAAAAAUGCAAAGAAUCUUCAUAAAAUCUAGAACAGAAGUUCUUGGUGAUUCUGAAAACAAUCAAUGUAUUCCAAAUUCAUAUACACUUAAACAAGCAGGAAUACCAUUUCAAUAUCAAACAGAAGCUCUUUUAUUUUGGAAGACUAUGCGAAAUAAUAGAUUAAAUGCAUUACAUUCAUAUUUAGAAAAACAACGUAUCAGACAACAAAAAAAAUCUCAAGGCAUAAUAUUAGAAUCUGAAUCUGAUGAAGAUAAUCCAUUUGCUAUGUAUGAACAUAAAGGAGAAACUUUUAAUUUAGACAAGUCAGAACAUAUUCAUGUUGAUUCAAAAAAAGAAUUAAGUAAUUCUGAUAAUUAUUAAUCUAAUAAAAAUUAAUAUUUUAAAGAAGAUAUGUAAUAUAUAUAUAUAUAUAUAUAAAAGAAUGAAUUUUUAAUAAUGAAUUUUUAUUUUGAAAAA